AUGACGAUCCACUUCGAGUCCCUCGCCGAGAAGGCGCAAGCCUCGGACCCGGCUGGCGGGAAGGAGGCUCCGCAUGGCGAGGCUCGUCUGGAGCGAGAGGGGAGAGAGACCGCAGGACAGACGGAGACGACGGCCCGACAUGAUCGAGAAGUGAGGGAGAAGGAGAAGGAGAAGGAGAGUAGCGACGGCAAGCAGUUGGAGUCCCUGGCGGAGAAAGUGAAGACCAUCGAUGUGGGAGGUCAGAAGGGGGGUUAUGAGGGUGAAACGGAAAGGAAAGGUGGCGAGGAGAUGCAGGGCCAAAAGGGCCACGAAGAAGAAGCACAACCUACUCUAGAAGAAGUUUCGAGAUUAAGAGCAUUGGCCCAGCAGAAUUCGAUGGAAAUACUGAGAGCUGCGGAGGAGCGCUACAACCAAGCGAAAGAAUUGGCGAAUCAAGGACUUGGUACAGCUUCAGAGAAGGCCGCUCAAACAAAGGACACGGUCCUUCAAGGUGCUCGUACCACGUCUGAGUACAUGGCAGAGAAGGGUGCGAGGGUCAAAGACACAGCCGUAGAAAAGGGUCAGCAGGGUCUUGCGGUUGCGAAGGAAACCGUGCUCAGUGCCGGAAAAACUGCUAAGGACUACACCGUUCCAAAGGCAGAGCAAGCUAAGGACUACACGAUGCAAAAGGCUGCAGAAGCCAAGGACUACACACUUCCAAAGGCAGAGCAAGCUAAGGACUACGCAAUGCAAAAGGCCACAGAAGCUAAGGAUAAGACGGUGGAGAUCUCUAAAGGAGUUGCCAAUUACACAGGAGAGAAGGCGGUUGCAGCAAAGGAAGCGGCGGUGGAGACCAGCAAGGGCGCGGCAGAGUAUGCAGGGAAAGCGGCUGUGGAAGUCAAGGAUAAGACAAUUGCGGCUGGGUGGGGAGCUGCUCAUUACACUGCCGAGAUAACGGUGGAGGGAAAGGCUGCUGCCAGGGUCGUUCAGGGAGUCGCUGAGAAGGCAGGAGAGGUUGCUCUUGGUGCGGGACAUAAGGCUGCAGAGAUUGCUGCCAAGCCCUUGGUUGCAGCAAAGGAUGUGGCAGCUGCGACUGGUGAAAAGGCCAAGGAGUAUACAGCCAGGAAGAAAGAAGAAGCUGAAAGACAGCUAGAAGCCAAGAAGUCAGCCGAAAACCAGGAAACAGAAGGGGCUGAACGGCCCAAAGAUGUAGUGUCGCAAGCCAAAGAAAUGGUGGAAGGGGGGGCUAGAAGAGCGAAGGAGACUACCCAGGAAAUCCUCAAGGGAUCGACCGAGGAGGGAAAGAUGGGGACCGGCGAGCAGGUCGCUCAGGGAAAAACAGAACACGGAAACACCGAGGAGCAGCAGCCCGGAGGG